GCUGAUGAGUCGCUUCCGAGCGCCCCGCUCCCUUUCCGAUCUUCCCACCGAAGCAGCAGGCUGCCUCGGCGCCGGCCGAGCAAUGGAUGCGUGAGCAGCAAAGAUGGCGGAGAAGGUGCCGAAGAGUGUCAAAAUUGCUCCUGGAGCUGUUGUCUGUGUGGAGAGUGAAAUCAAAGGAGACGUGACAAUUGGACCUCGGACAGUGAUUCACCCCAAAGCACGGAUAAUUGCAGAAGCUGGACCAAUAGUGAUUGGAGAAGGUAACCUCAUAGAAGAACAGGCAGUUAUCAUCAAUGGCUAUCCUGAAAAUAUUACCCCUGAUACAGAGGACGUGGGAGCCAAACCCAUGAUCAUCGGAACCAAUAACGUGUUUGAAGUUGGCUGUUAUUCUCAGGCUAUGAAAAUAGGCGACAACAAUGUCAUCGAGUCCAAAUCAUUUGUGGGUAGGAAUGUGAUCUUGACGAGUGGGUGCAUCAUCGGUGCCUGUUGCAAUGUCAAUACCUACGAAGUCAUCCCUGAGAACACGGUGAUCUAUGGAGCCGACUGUCUUCGUCGAGUGCAGACCGAGCGGCCGCAGCCACAAACGUUGCAACUAGACUUCCUCAUGAAGAUUCUGCCAAACUAUCACCACCUGAAGAAGGCCAUGAAAGCAACUUCAACUCCUGUGAAAAGCUGAAGGCCUUCCUGUGUGACUGCCCAAAUGUCAGGGCGGAUGUUUCUCUCCUGCUUUCAGAACAGCCUGUUUGCAAGAACCAAUGUUUAUUGUUUAGCUAACUCACUCAUUCCUUUAUGCAACUUAUUUUAUUUAUUAAAAUUAUGAAAGAUAAAA